GGCGCGGCCCGGCGGGGGGCGGCUCAGACGCCCGCUCCGUCGCCACCGCACGGCCGGGCGCGGCGGGCAACGGGGAGAGUCGCCACCGCGCCGCCCCCGGGCUGCGGCUCUGCCCGCGCCGCCGCCGCGCCAUGGGCAGCCCCGGAGCCGAGCGGCGCAUGGGAGAAUGGUAGUGAGCCCAUAAGACCAUGCUCUACACAAUGACAUGUUGGCUCCCAGUCCUGGUCCUCCACCUGGUCCUCCUGAGCCCCCUGCGAGUGGCAGCCUGCCCUGCCCGCUGUGAGUGUGCCCCACAGAUCAAGUCAGUGAUGUGUCACCGCAAGUGGCUCACCUCCAUCCCCGAGGGCAUCCCCACCGAGACCAAGAUCCUGGAGCUCAACAAGAACCGCAUCCGCUGCCUGAACCCGGGGGACCUCGCCCCGUACCCGCUGCUGGAGGAGCUGGAUUUCAGCGAGAACAUCAUCUCCAACGUGGAGCCAGGCGCCUUCAGCAACCUGUUCAACCUGCAGACCUUGAGGCUGCGGGGGAACCAGCUGAAGCUCAUCCCCCCAGGGGUCUUCACCAAGCUGACCAACCUCACCCUCCUGGACAUCAGCGAGAACAAACUCGUCAUCCUGCUGGACUACAUGUUCCAGGACCUGCGAAACCUGAAGAGCCUGGAGGUGGGGGAUAAUGACCUGGUGUAUAUCUCCCAGCGGGCCUUCUCAGGGCUGCUUGGCCUGGAGCAGCUGACCAUCGAGAAGUGCAACCUGACCUCCAUCUCAGCCGAGUCGCUCUCCUACCUCCAGAACAUGGAAGUGCUGCGGCUCCGGCACCUCAGCAUCUCCACGCUGGAGAACCAAAACUUCAAGAAGCUCUACAACCUCCUGCAGCUGGAGAUCGACAACUGGCCGCUGCUGGAAGACAUCUCCCCCACCAGCUUCCAGGGCCUGAACCUCACCUCACUCUCCAUCACCUAUACCAACAUCACAGCCGUGCCCGCUGCUGCCUUGAGGAACCUGGUAUACCUCCGGUACCUGAACUUGUCCUACAACCCCAUUAGCACUGUGCUGAAGGGCUCCUUUAAAGACCUCAUUCGGCUCCAGGAGCUCCACAUUGUGGGUGCUCUCUUGGUGUCCGUGGAGCCACAGGCUUUCUCUGGCCUGAGACAAAUCCGGCUGCUCAACCUCUCCAGCAACUUUCUCUCCACGCUGGAGGAGAGCACGUUCCACUCUGUCAACACACUGGAGACUCUACGGGUGGACAGGAACCCCCUGGCCUGCGACUGCCGCCUCCUCUGGAUCCUGCAGCGACGGAAGACACUCAACUUUGACAGGCAGCAGCCCAUGUGCUCCUCACCACCUGAAAUCCGGGGCAACGCCCUGCACGACUUCCCGGACUCCGUGCUCUUUGAGUACUUCACCUGCCAGAAGCCCAAGAUAAGGGAUCGCAAGCUGCAGCACGUGACAGCCUGGGAAGGGCAGUCCGUGUCCUUCCUUUGCCGGGCAGAUGGGGAGCCGGACCCCUCCAUCGCCUGGGUGUCCCCCCAGCACCGCAUGAUCACCACCCGCAGCAUGGGGCGGGCGACAGUGCUGCCCGGGGGCACCCUGGAGAUCCGCUUUGCCCAGGUGCAGGACAGUGGCACCUACAUCUGCAUCGCCAGCAACGCGGGAGGCAACGACACCUAUUUCGCCACCCUGACAGUCAAGGGGCGGCCCGCCGACGGCUCCCACUACACAAACCGAACUUUGUACCUCAGUGAGUUCAACGACACCUCCCACAAUGACACACAAGUCUUCUUGAAGUUUACGUUGGACCUCAAGACCAUCCUAGUCUCCACGGCCAUGGGCUGCAUCACCUUCCUGGGCGUGGUGCUCUUCUGCUUCCUCCUCCUCUUCGUCUGGAGCCGGGGCCGGGGGCAGCACAAGAACAACUUCUCAGUGGAGUACUCCUUCCGCAAGGUGGAUGGUCCCACCACCACCACUGGCCAAGGAGGAGCCAGGAAGUUCAACAUGAAGAUGAUCUGAGCCUCUCCCAGAGGAGAACCAUUGUCUGCUGCCUGCCCUGGGCACAGCUAGGGCAGCAUGGGAGCACCGGUGACGUCCCGGGGCUGGUGGCGGGACCUGUCUGUGCUGGGAUGCAGCCAGAGACAUGCUGGAGGUGCCAUGGGUCAGAACCAUGUGAACCUCAGGGUCAGGGAGCGAUGACCUUGGCUGUCUCGGCCCCACAGAAAGCCCUCGGGGUACAAUGGCUCAGGGGCCAUCCUGGCUCCAGGGGCUCCAAAUGUAGCCAAUAUUUUUGCUACCAACUAUUUCUCUAGCCAAGAGAUCAGCAGCAUUUGGGCCUGGAAAAAAAAAAAACUGCUUCCUUUUUUUCCCCCUUUCCUUUUUUUUUAAGACACUCUCCAGAAAACUUUCCUGGUGGUUGUUUAUGGUUCUUCUCUUUUCUUGUAGUUGGGUUGGGUUUUUUGGCCCAACGAUUUAUUUUUUUUAUGACUUUCCAAGAGAAAAGUCUUCUGGGACAAUGUGGGUCUGGGGUGCUGAGUUGGGGGUCUCCCCCAGCCCCUCAGCAAAGCUGGACCCCCUGGGGCAUGGCCAUGCCUUGAAUGCUUCCCAUUGGCAGAUUUAAGAUGCAGCAUCUGCAAACGCAGGUGCCUGGGGAUGCUCCUGCACAAGCAAUAAUAACCCACCCAAGGCCAGGCUCUGAGGAGGUGUCAGCAAGAAAAAGGGGGGGG